AUGGCUCCUUCCACUUUCGGUCGAUGGUUCAGGCCCGAGGUUAUUCCUCUGUUUAUUCCCGUAGGGUUAGCGGUAGGGAUUUGCGCAAUGCAGUUGGUGCGCAACAUCUGCACCAACCCUGAAGUCAGGGUGACCAAGGAAAAUAGGGCUGCGGGAAUACUGGACAACUUUGAAGAAGGUGAAAAGUAUGCUCAGCAUAGCAUCCGGAAGUUUGUUCGCAACAAGAAUCCUCAGAUCAUGCCAGCCAUCAACAACUUUUUUAGCGACCCAAAGCUUCCUUCUUAGGAAGUGUUUCUAUUGAAUGCUAUUUUUUUGAAAUGCAACUUUUAGAUUUGGUUGAAUUCAGAGCCUCAGAUCAUAUCAGA